UGAAAGACCCCGAAAGUCAUGGCGUGUUUUGCAGCGGGCAGCAGAAGUAGUAGCAGGACUUUCGCUAUGUUUUCUUUACUUAGGCAAUCAAAACAGCGCUUUCUGUUUUGCUGUCUGUUUGUAAUAGUAAGUUUUGCGUCUCCUCCAGUGAAAGCCAAGCCGGAUAGCCUCAAAGAAGUGACGGACUCUAACUGGGAGGAGAUCCUGACCGGAGAAUGGAUGAUUGAAUUUUAUGCCCCGUGGUGCCCGGCGUGCCAACAGCUCCAGCCGACCUGGAAGGAGUUUGCCGACUGGGGGGACGAUAUGGGGGUCAACAUCGCUAAGGUGGAUGUGACCGAGCAGCCUGGGCUGAGUGGCAGAUUCAUCAUCACAUCUCUUCCUACUAUUUACCAUUGUAAAGACGGAGUAUUCAGAAAGUACCACGGACCUCGCACCAAAGAUGACUUCCUCAGUUUUGUCGAUGAACAGAAAUGGAAAUCUAUUGAACCCAUCUCCUCCUGGUUUGGGCCCUCCUCAUUUCUAAUGAAUGCAAUGUCUGCUUUGUUCAAACUGUCCAUGUUCAUCAGACGUUGCCAUAACUACAUGACAGACGAGCUGGGGAUUCCAAACUGGGGCUCGUAUGUGAUCUUUGGUUUGGUCACUCUGUUUUCUGGACUGGCCUUGGGUCUGUUGCUGGUUUUCAUCGCAGAUUACGUCUUCCCCUCGAGAAGAUUUUCCUCUUCAGAAUAUUACCAAGAGUGAAAACAAGCAGCAGAGCAGGCGCGUAUGAUGCAGGACGAUGAACACGAGGCCGACGGAGAGGAGGAAGACGAGGAGGACGAAGAGGAAGUGUGGAGACGGAGGAGAGCGCCCCCCGAAGGCCGCUCCGAGAACGCAGCUCAGCCCACAGAUGCGGCACUGAGGAAGAGGGCGGUGAGGGGCAGAGGAGAUGAAGAGGAGGAUGAGAGCGAGAGCUAGAGGGGUUUAAUAUUAUUUUAGUGAAAGUUUUAUCCUAAAACAACUCCUCAGUUCCUCUGUUUUUAGCCUGAAACAGAUUUGACAUGAGAAGAGACAGAGCUAAACAUUAGUCUUGGUCCUUCUGAUUUUAAAAGUACAACUAUAGAAAGGUUAAAGGGCCCAUAUUAAGCUAUUUUCAGAUCUAUGUUAUAAUGUUUCCUUAUCAAAAACAUACCUGGAGUUGUGUUUUGUUUCAUUCACUCAUGUUUAACACACAAAUCCAUUAUAUUCAGGCUGAGUUCUUUUCUCAAACAGAAAAUAGUCCGUGUUCCACCUUGUGAUGUCACAGGGAGUGCUUUACUCCAUACACCUUCACUUGAAUCAUUUGGAUAAUUUCAGCCCUGGAGUUGCCAAUCUCCACUGAACUAAAGGUAAAAUGUAGCCGUUAACUUGAAACUACUACUUCAUGACAUCAGAAGUUGGAUCAGAGCAUUUUGAGCAUUGGAGAUGAAUCCAGGAUUACUCAAAUAUGUGUGAAUGAAGCAAAACACAACUGUAGGUAUGUUUUUGAUGAGGUACCAACAUUCUAACAUAGUUUAAAGCUCACAAGAGUCAAUUUUGCACAAUAUAGGACCCUUAACGACAAACUGUCUAACUCUGGUGCUUGUCUCUAUGGUGAUGUUAUUGCUUUGCCAGGAAUGUUCCACAGUAUGUGAUUAAAACUGUCUGUCUUAUCUCCAUGGGGACAAGAAGGUGCUACCACCAGACAAUGUUACAGGUCAGACCUGUAGAGAGAUGACCUGUAAUAGAACAAAUGCAAGAGAGGUUUAAUGUCAUACUGCGGAACAUUUAGAGCAAAAUACUAACAUCCCCAUAGAGACAAGCAGGUGGCAGAUGCUCCACCAGAAAAAAAAAUGACAUUAUAGUUGAGGGUUAAUAGGUACUUGGUGCAUUUGUUUCCUCUGUGUGUACUGUAUUUCAGUUUUGAGUUUGGCUAAAAUCUUUGGGAUGGAGGAGUUGUGGAUUCGUUUUGAGAAUUAAAACUUGACCGUAGAGACUCAACAAGAGGGCGGCCAUGUUGGAGUGGGCAGGGCUACAGCGCAGGAGAUAAACAAACCAACGUCAGAACUGCUCCUGCUGCUUCCAGGUUUAGACGACAGGAACUUAACAUCUUCUGUGGACAAAACCUGUUGGAGAAUCUGGAUCUGAGGCAACCAACUUUUGUUUGUUGGACUUGUGUAAGUUUAAGUAUGAAACGGCUUAUUAUUACAGAAACUAAAUUUGAAAGUGCAGUCAAAAUUCUAGUUUAAAUCAGUCAGCCAUGAUCGUUUAAUCUCUUGUUGGUAAAUAUUAUUGAAAUAUUACACAUUUCUUUCAAAACUGAAAUGGCAAAUUGGCUCAUAUUUAGAUUAAACGGGCCUGAACCAGACUUUGCACCAAAUGGAAGAACAUAUUUCAGUAUGAACUGUUAGCCCCUCUCAUUUAUUCUUUUUCCACACUGAUGUUGAACCAUGUGCUUGAGUCUGCUAUUUACUAUCUAUGGAUCCUUCUGUUAUAAUUUGCACAUUUUAAACCACUAGUGCCCAGUGGGGGCUGAUGUCGCCGUGAACGUCAUCAAAACAAAGAGUCUGCAACUCGGAUGGAUAGCUGCAGAUCACACUAGCGAGGAGCUGAUUUUUUCUUUUCAUUUGUACCAAAAUGAUACCACUAUGCUGCUGAAUCCAACGUGUACACACAGAUUACCGAUACACACUGAUGUAUAUUAAAUAAAAAUUGGAAAACAAAGUAAGUGCAGAGCAGUGGGCAGUGAAAACAGAGCAGAUUGACAAAAUGGAGCAUCUGGAAAAUAAGUGAUUAAAGAUUGCUCAAACAUGCACGAAUCACUCCAAAUACAACUUCAGAGAGUAAAUGAGAAGGGGAAACGGCUAUAACAUGGUUAAAACUAAAAGCCCAGAAAGUAAAUUAUAGCAUAAUAGGUCUGCUUUACGACGUAUUGGCAAUAUGAAUCUAUUUUCUUUAUGAACGAGCUGUAAUGAAAAGUCUGGUACAGGCCCUUUAGAGAUGGUGCGGCCGUGUUGAUAAAUGACUUUCUUCUAUGCAUUGUUUAUAAAUGUGCGUUUGGAUUUACUCCUGAUUUGUGUUCAGAAAUGUUACGUUUUAUUUCAAAUACUGUAGACUUUUCUUGUUAAACUGUUAAGUUUAAAUAUUCAAGGAGUAUGAUAACUGUAAAUAAUGUUAUGAGUGGAGAAAAAGUUGAUGUUUCAGUGCGAUUGAUGAAAAAAUGAUCCUUUUGUGUAACUUGUUUAAAAAGGUUUGUACAAUUGCUGGGUUUUGGGAGGCGUCUGAGCUUUGAUUUGAUACUUUGCAGUGAGAGUCUGGGGGUGUUCUACAUGCAUCUCUAUUCAUUCAGCAGUUACCAUGGUGACACAAUGCACACCUUAGCGAACACAGGACAGUAUCAAGUUUCAAGAUAGUUUGAAAACUCAUUAUUUCUGGCAAGACUUGAUCAGAGUUUUAUUUUAACAUGAGUAACAGAGCUUUAGGUAGCUUCACACUCCCAUGGAACGCUGACGACAUCAUCUGCAAAGUAUCAAUAGGUCUUUAGUGUUUAAAGAUGCUCUGUGUAACUUUUCUGGUGGAGGGUCCCCAACCUGCUUGUCUCCAUGGAGUUAUUAUUGCCAUGUCUGGAAUAUUCUAUGGUAGAACAUUAAACUUAACCAUAUCCAGAGACAAGCCGGUGUUAAAGCUCCAUUAAAAAAGUUACACAGUCCAGCUUUAAUUAAGGUUUGGGCAGCCAGUGAAAUUCUGCGUUUGUGGAAUAGUUGGCGAAUUGGCCUCUUCACUAAUAUAAAUGCUUAGGUUCAUUUUUUAAAAAACUUUUUCUUGUGUAUAUUUCUUAUGACGGUGCCAUGUGAUCAAUACAUGUGACGUCCAUGGAGAUGUUAUUGCUUCGUUGGGAAUGUCCCACGAUAUGGCAUUAAAUCUCAUCAGACUUACAGGUAUUUUUUUAAGCCAAAGAAUACCCAAAAAGAACAUACAUUCGUACCACUAGCAGGCUUGCCUUUCCACAAAUCUGACUUAACCAUAUUGUGAUGCAUUCCAGGAAGACUAGCAACAUCUCCAUGGAAACAAGCAGGUGGCAGACACUCUAACGGAAAAGUUACAGAAUGCACCUUUAAACAACAGCAGCAUAACACUUGUUCCAGUUUGUGUUUGUUUGAAAAGCUAAAAAUGUGUAGCCUAUUUCGCUGCUCAAAACCAAAUAGCAAAGACAAAAUUGCAGCAAAACAGUCAAUACAAAUUCAAAUUUUAGUUAUAAAAUUUUUCAAGGGCCCAAAUUAAUCUGUUUUUGUUUUUGUAUUAAUGUUGUUUCCUCAUCACAGACAUACCUGGAGUGUUGUUUUGUUUCAUUCACACAAACCCUGCAUAUUUAGGUUCUUCUUUCAAACUGAAAACACUCUGUUCCACCUUGUGAUGUCAUGUGGUAAUACAGAAAGUGCAUCACUGUGUUUUUAAACUCCAUACACCUUCCCUAGAUUCAUUUGGAUAAUUUCAACCCUGGAAUUGCCGAUCUCUACUGAACAAAAGGUAAAAGGUAACAGUUAACUUGAAAACUACCACUUCAUGACAUCACAAGGUGGAACAGAGCAUUUUGAGCUUUGUAGAUGUAAACAGACUAAUAAUUAACUCAAACGUGUGAAUGAAACAAAACACAAAUCCAGGGAUAUUUUUUAGGAGGUAACGGCAUUAUAACAUGUCUUAAAGGACUUUUAAUUUCAUAACAAGUUUUAAUAAUCUUGUAAUUCUUUUUCUUCAGAAUCACGAUAUUUCAAAUUCAGCAACAUAUUGUCUUCGUAAUUGUUGAAAUCAGAGUUAACAAGACUAGAGUUGCUUAAAUAAUCCAGUUUAAUUUUAGUUUUUUAUCAUUAUAUAAUUUUUUCAUGUUUACAUGUAAAUUAUUUUAAGAGACGCACAUUUCAACUUUUACCAAAUAGAUACAAAGUAUAUUAAGUUAUUGUACAAAUGAAUGAAUGCAAUGUGGAUUUUCAUAGAACUGAGUGAGUCGAACAAACUUAACUCUGUAAUAACCAAACCUGGACUUUUGUAUUUAAAAGUGAGUUGAUUUGCAGUGUUCUUAUUACAUUGAUACUUUGCAAUGGCAUCACGCUGGGGGUCUUCUGCAUGCAUGUCUAUGGUGGAAUGUUCAGUAGUUACCGUAGUGACACAAUGCAAGUCUGAAAACUGUAGAAAAAAAUACAAAAUGGAUUGAAGCGACGCAUUUUCAGGAGCCAGUGAAUGUUGAUGAUCAGCUGCAAAGUAUCAAUAACAUUUAACAUUUUAAGUUUUUGUGUCAUUUUGCUGUUAAAACAUUUCCUGGUCUGUUUGUAAAAUAAAUGGAAGAGUUUUGAAUGUUUUUAACGCUAGACUAAUUUUAUAUUUUGCAUUUUCUCUUAAAAGAUGAUGUAACGGUGACAGACGGAGACUCCAGACCUGUAACUCUUUGAUAAUGAGUUGAAUGGAUUCUUUGCUGAUUAUUUUCAAAUAAAAUGUGAAGUUUUA